AUGCGACUUGCGACGACGUCAGCGACUCCGAUAUCCAGGAAACUCGACCUGCCAGCAAUUGAUAGAAAAUGGCAGGAGAAGUGGCAAGCGGAGGGACCGCGGUCCUUGCCCGACGGCGCGAACAAAGAAAACCGGGGCAACAGACCAAAGUCGUACAUCCUCUCCAUGUUUCCCUACCCCUCGGGGACAUUACAUAUGGGUCAUUUACGGGUCUACACGAUCUCCGAUGUAUUGGCGAGGUUCUAUCGUAUGCGAGGGCAUGAGGUUCUCCAUCCGAUGGGCUGGGAUGCGUUCGGGUUACCGGCGGAGAAUGCGGCGAUCGAACGCGGGAUUGACCCGGCCGAGUGGACGAAGCAGAAUAUCGCGAAGAUGAAGGAGCAGUUACGCAGCAUAUCGACAUCUUUUGACUGGGAUCGGGAAUUGGCGACGUGCUCGCCCGAGUUCUACGAACACACUCAGCGGAUAUUCCUGAUGUUGUAUCAGAAAGGUCUUGCCUAUCAGGCAGAGGCGCUCGUCAAUUACGACCCGGUUGAUAAGACGGUGCUUGCGAACGAGCAGGUUGAUGCCAAUGGUUUCUCAUGGCGCUCAGGGGCAAAGGUUGAAAAGUUGAAGUUAAAACAAUGGUUCUUCCGAAUCACAGAUUUCAAGGAAAUGUUACUGAAGGAUCUGGACUCCUUAACCGGGGCUUGGCCUGAGCGGGUAUUGACUAUGCAGCGCAACUGGCUGGGCAAGUCAUACGGUGCGAAAAUCAGAUUCCCGGUAGCUGUUGACGGGAGCGGUGAUGCCAGUCUACAUGUCAAUGUUUUCACCACACGCCCAGAUACCUUGUACGGAGUUGAAUACAUCGCUCUCUCUUUGGACCACCCUAUUGUCCUUGAGGCUGCAGAGAAGGAUGCGGCCUUGCGGAAAUUUCUCGAUGAAGCAGCUUCACUUCCACCGGACUCCAAGGUGGGUUACAAGCUGUCGGAUGUGACUGCUUCAAAUCCGUUGCAUAUCAUUGACAAGGAAAGUCCUCACAUUGCGAGGAGAUUGCCUAUCUUUGUGGCCCCUUAUGUCCUCAGUGACUACGGUGAGGGAGCCGUUAUGGGAGUUCCAGGUCAUGACUCUAGAGACUUGGCGUUCUUCAAAGAGAACACCAAUUCCGAAUCAAUUCCAGUCGUUAUCGAACCGGAACACUCGCCUAACCCAAACAACGACAGCACAGGGACUGUCACACCUCCAAACGACAUGAAAGCAUUUACCCAAGAAGGAAUCCUUACCUCGAGAUGCUGGAAAUACCAGGGCCUCCACUCCCGUGAAGCCAAGAAUCAGAUCGUUACCGACCUCAAAGGAGUCGGCCAUGGUGAUUUCGUAGAGCAGUGGAGACUCAGGGACUGGCUGAUCAGUAGGCAGCGCUACUGGGGAGCCCCCAUUCCCAUCAUUCACUGUGAGAGCUGUGGCCCCGUGCCUGUGCCGGAGGACCAGCUUCCCGUCCGACUACCCAAAAUUGAGGAUGACUGGCUCAAAGGGAAAAAGGGCAAUCCGCUCGAGUCGUCGCAGGACUGGGUCAACACAAAAUGCCCAAGUUGCAGCGGGCCUGCAAAGCGCGACACAGACACGAUGGAUACCUUCGUUGACUCGUCCUGGUACUACCUCCGCUUUCUGGACGCCCACAACAAGGAGCAGCCGUUUUCUCCUUCAGCAGCGCGACCGGUCGAUAUCUACAUUGGCGGCGUCGAGCACGCUAUCCUGCACUUGCUGUAUGCUCGAUUUAUCUACAAAUUCCUUUCCCAGACGGAGUUGUUUCCGGAGAUUGCUCGGACUGGCGACGUCUUGGGGCCUUCAGAACCGUUCAAGACAGUCCUGACCCAGGGUAUGGUCCACGGAAAGACGUAUACUGAGCCGUCCACUGGUCGAUUCCUACUCCCGUCGGAAGUUGAUCUUUCCAAUCCGAACAAGCCGCUCAUCAAGGGCACCCAAGUCGCCCCAAACAUCUCUUUUGAAAAAAUGUCGAAGAGCAAGCACAACGGCGUGGAUCCCACGUCUUGCGCGCUACAGUAUGGUGCCGAUGCCACCCGUGCACAUGUUCUUUUCUCCGCGCCUGUCAGCGAGGUACUGGAGUGGGAUGACACGAAGAUUGUGGGCAUUGAGCGUUGGUUUGGUCGGCUCUGGAAGCUUGUGCUGGAUGCCAAGCAAAGCCUGGCAUUGGCAUCGUUUACAGUUUCGCAGAAUGAUCUGCAGAAAUCUUCCGGCGCAACCUCCAAGCUUCCCUCCCUGUUGCAGGGUCUUGGUGAUAGUGACGCUGACGGUCUUCUGCACACCCAUCAGACCAUCGUAUCUGUGACCAACUGCAUAGAAAACAACCCGUACGGUCUGAAUACCGUCAUCUCCGACCUGACCAAGUUGACGAACACAUUGACAUCGUCAAACCCAACAUCUCCCCAGGUUUUGUACCUUUGCGUCUCCUCACUUGUCCGGCUUCUCGCUCCUGUGGCCCCAGCCUUGGCCUCUGAAUGUUGGGAGGUUCUGAACGAUACACUCAUCGACCAGAAUGCGAGCACUGGAGCCCGUGUACCAGAUAUCUUCGACUGCGCGUGGCCUUCUCCCCUUUUGACCUCUGAGCAGGCUGAUGUUCUAUCCGCACGCGGGGGCCAGAUCGUAGCUGUUCAGAUCAAUGGAAAGCUACGCUUCACGGUGACUAUUCCUCGACGAUUGUCGCCCACAACAUCUGCGGAAUCCAGUGACUCUGGCGCAGUCACUGAUGAACAAGACUGGAUUAUCAGUCGAAUUUUGGAAACGGACGAGGGCCGCGUCUGGUUGCGAGAGAAGAACGACUGGGAAAAGCGGAGACGGGUAGUGGUUGUCAAAGGAGGCAAAUUGGUCAAUAUUGUUUUCUAA